AUGGGGUAUGGGCGGUGAUCAGGACUCUGGUAUGGGGUAUGGCGGUGAUCAGGACACUGGUAUGGGGUAUGGCGGUGAUCAGGACUCUGGUAUGGGGUAUGGCGGUGAUCAGGACUCUGGUAUGGGGUAUGGCGGUGAUCAGGACUCUGGUAUGGGGUAUGGCGGUGAUCAGGACACUGGUAUGGGGUAUGGCAGUGAUCAGGACAUUGGUAUGGGGUAUGGCAGUGAUCAGGACGCUGGUAUGGGGUAUGACAGUGAUCAGGACGCUGGUAUGGGGUAUGACAGUGAUCAGGACAGUGGUAUGGGGUAUGGCGGUGAUCAGGACGCUGGUAUUGGGUAUGGCGGUGAUCAGGACACUGGUAUGGGGUAUGGUGGUGAUCAGGACACUGGUAUUGGGUAUGGCGGUGAUCAGGACACUGAUUUGGGUAUGGGGUGAUCAGGACACUGGUAUUGGGUAUGGCGGUGAUCAGGACACAGGUAUGGGGUAUGGUGGUGAUCAGGACGCUGGUAUGGGGUAUGGCGGUGAUCAGGACACGUUGGUAUGGGGUAUGGAGGUG